GACCACAUCAUUUUUGUUCCCUUUGUUGGAUAUAUCCUAAUGUCAAAUGUGGCAUAUCUUUGUUGUCUCCUUCUGUCUCCCAACUAGAGAGAACACACUUACGGCUCCUGUCCCGGGCAGGUUUGGUUGUCGGUGUGAUUGGCUUCCAGGGAACCUGAUACAAGGAGCAACUGUGUGCUGCCUUUUCUGUGUCUUUGCUUGAGGAGCUGUGCUGGGUGCUGAUAUUGACACAGACCAUGCUGCUCCUGCUGCCGAUACUGAACCUGAGCUUACAACUUCAUCCUGUAGCAGCUUUAUUCACCGUGACAGCCCCUAAAGAAGUGUACACCGUAGACGUCGGCAGCAGUGUGAGCCUGGAGUGCGAUUUUGACCGCAGAGAAUGCACUGAACUGGAAGGGAUAAGAGCCAGUUUGCAGAAGGUAGAAAAUGAUACGUCUCUGCAAAGUGAAAGAGCCACCCUGCUGGAGGAGCAGCUGCCCCUGGGAAAGGCUUUGUUCCACAUCCCUAGUGUCCAAGUGAGAGAUUCCGGGCAGUACCGUUGCCUGGUCAUCUGCGGGGCCGCCUGGGACUACAAGUACCUGACGGUGAAAGUCAAAGCUUCUUACAUGAGGAUAGACACUAGGAUCCUGGAGGUUCCAGGUACAGGGGAGGUGCAGCUUACCUGCCAGGCUAGAGGUUAUCCCCUAGCAGAAGUGUCCUGGCAAAAUGUCAGUGUUCCUGCCAACACCAGCCACAUCAGGACCCCCGAAGGCCUCUACCAGGUCACCAGUGUUCUGCGCCUCAAGCCUCAGCCUAGCAGAAACUUCAGCUGCAUGUUCUGGAAUGCUCACAUGAAGGAGCUGACUUCAGCCAUCAUUGACCCUCUGAGUCGGAUGGAACCCAAAGUCCCCAGAACGUGGCCACUUCAUGUUUUCAUCCCGGCCUGCACCAUCGCUUUGAUCUUCCUGGCCAUAGUGAUAAUCCAGAGAAAGAGGAUCUAGGGGAAGCUGUAUUACGGAAGAAGAUCUGGACCUGCGGUCUUGGGAGUUGGAAGGAUCUGAUGGGAAACCCUCAAGAGACUUCUGGACUCAAAGUGAGAAUCUUGCAGGACCUGCCAUUUGCACUUUUGAACCCUUUGGACGGUGACCCAGGGCUCCGAAGAGGAGCUUGUAAGACUGACAAUCUUCCCUCUGUCUCAAGACUCUCUGAACAGCAAGACCCCAAUGGCACUUUAGACUUACCCCUGGGAUCCUGGACCCCAGUGAGGGCCUAAGGCUCCUAAUGACUUUCAGGGUGAGAACAAAAGGAAUUGCUCUCCGCCCCACCCCCACCUCCUGCUUUCCGCAGGGAGACAUGGAAAUUCCCAGUUACUAAAAUAGAUUGUCAAUAGAGUUAUUUAUAGCCCUCAUUUCCUCCGGGGACUUGGAAGCUUCAGACAGGGUUUUUCAUAAACAAAGUCAUAACUGAUGUGUUUUACAGCAUCCUAGAAUCCUGGCAGCCUCUGAAGUUCUAAUUAACUGGAAGCAUUUAAGCAACACGUUAAGUACCCCCACUGUGGUAUUUGUUUCUACUUUUCUGUUUUUAAAGUGUGAGUCACAAGGUAAUUGUUGUAACCUGUGAUAUCACUGUUUCUUGUGUCUCUUCUUUCAACUACAUCUUUUAAAACAAAACGGUGUGGGGUUUGGUUGUUUUGGUGGUAGUGGUAGUGUUUCUCAGUGGUAUCUCCUUAAGAAAAAAAAUCAUCAUGCCAGUGAAUUGUUUCUUCAGCCAUUUCAGAUGGGAAGCUGGAAUAGCCUGUCCCCCAAGCUAAGCCUUCUUCCCUAGCUUUCUGCGUGAUUUUACAUUGAGCAUUCCUGUUGCUUUGUUUCUAUAACUGUAAUGUGGUGAUGUCAUUGUUAGGGCACUUGAGGGUGGGCGUUCUGGAAGUCCUUUCAGGUUAGUGUUUGGGGGCAGGGUUGCUCAGAAUACAUAAAGGUGCUAACUUAAACUGCAGCCAUGGAGCUCAGUGAAUUCACUAACCUUCGGGCUGUCCAAAUGUGCACAUUAGCUACUGUGACCCCUGUAGGUUAGGGAGCCUGAAGCCAGCUCUUUACCUGGUGUUUAGACUCAGCAGAAUUUGGAGUCAAUGGGACCAAAUGGUUGUGAAAUUAAGAUUUGAAGUGUGCAUCUUAUUUUAUCACCAUCUGCCCAACAAAACUUCAGAAAAUGCCUUUGAAGCACAAAAAUGUAAUCGUUUAUGUGAAAUCUCUGAGUUGCAUUUAGAUGCCCAUUGCAGCAAGGUGGCUCUCUCACAGAUUCCACACCUUAGCCUAAGAUACCAGACAGCAGGACAGAGAGAAAAGUCCUUCCUGGUGUGCAAACUUCCUUACACUGGACCUCGCCUCUCAGGUGUGUGAUUGGUAGGCCAAAUCCCGAUAGCCAAUCGGUGUUGGGUGCUUUGUCUGCUCUACUGGGAGUCCAGUGGUACAAUGGAUUCUGGCAAAAUGCUGCCAUCUUGGCCCUCGCUGGGCUGCUUUCUAGGAUAUUCAUAGAGAAAGGGCCGUCCAGAUCCAGUAUCCUAAAAUCCUGAGAGGAGAAUAUAAGUUAGUGUGUCUCACUAUAACUAUCUCUAUGAUCGGUCACAUUACUAUCUAACAGUUACCAAAUACUAUAUGCCUAAUACUGGUAAGCAUUUUAUACACACCAUUGGAUUGAAUCCUCUCAAAAUCCUCAAAAAGGAAGUUAUUAAUACCUCCAUAGGCAAGGAGCCCAGAACCCAGAGAGGUCAGGCAGUCUAGUUAUAGAUGCCUGCUUUGUUUAGAAGUGAACAAGAGCAUCAAAUUAUUAAUGUGCCCUGGUUAUUAAUGCGCCCUGGUUACCUGCUGGAUGGAACAUCAAGGUGGACUUUUGGCAGUUGCAUACACCCAGAGGUAUUUUGGCUAUUCACGGAUUAAUUUCACACGAAGUGUUUCAGAGACAUGUGUAGGGGAAGUCCGGGUUCAGGGGGCCUAAGAUUCAAACUCUAGCUUAGCUACGUCUGACCUCCCUAAGCACUAACUUACUAUCAAAAGAAUGAGCAGUAAAAGAAUGGUGUUUACUGCCUGCCUUUAUCAGGCAGUGAACGUGCAGCGGGCAACGAAUGCUUGAUAAGUGUGUGUCAGUGUGAAGUCCCAUGUACCAGCCGCUGUCCCCACUGCAAAAGCAGCAGAGCGCUCAGACAUCAUCAGCUGAUUUACCAGCAGCAGAUUUCUUCUUCUAGUCCCAUCCCUGAAGAAGCUUCCAGCCUAGGUACAUUGCAUGGGCUUUGUGCUCCAGGAGUUCCUACACAGCCCUCAACUUCAACACAGGCAAAGUGCUUACUGAUCCUCAUGUAUCUUACAGGGUCCCCUCUACCCACAAUACCUCAUUGCUGGAACUUCAAAUCUUCCUGAAUAAAAGCUUGCCCGUGGUUUAAUUA